AUGAUGCCGGCCUUGAUACCAGUACCACAGCCUUCCUACUCCCAGGCCAGGGAGAACCUAGUGAAGGCUAUCCCACCCAAGCUCCUCUGUCUGCUGGCCUGUGGAGGAGUAGACUGCCGCUAUGAAGGACCAGAGUGUUGGAAAUUAAAUCAGCAGGCCAUUCUAGGCCUUUUCUCCUCCUGGGUGACAGAUGACAUUAUUGCCAUGGCACGACCAUCCAAUCAUCUAAUGGAAAAGUACAACAUCAUAGAACAAUUUCAAAGAUUGAACAUCAGAUCAAUCAUCAACAUGCAAUUCCAUGGAGAGCAUGCUCACUGUGGACCUCCCCUAGACCCUGGAAGUGGUUUCACAUACUCUCCACAGAUCUUCAUGGACAAUGACAUUUACUUUUAUAACUUCGGGAUGCCAGAUUUCGGUGUGUCCUCCCUCGUCGGUAUGAUUGAUGGGGUGAAAGUUUUGGCCUUUGCAGUGAGGGAAGGAAGGGUGGCUGUGCACUGCCAUGCAGGCCUGGGCAGAACAGGUGUCCUGAUAGCCUGUUACCUGAUUUACACCCUGCGCAUCAGCCCGAGUGAGGCCGUCCAUUACGUACGGAUUAAAAGGCCACACUCGAUCCAAACCCGGGCGCAGCUCAGCCAGGUGUUUGACUUUGCACGCCUGCUUGGCACACAGCUGGUCCAAUACCCAGACCUCAACAUGCGGCACGGAGUCCCUUUCACCCUGCAGCACUACCUAAACCGACAGACAAUAUUGCUGCAUGGCCAGGAGGCGCGCACCCUCAGAUAUACACCCAAGGUGGUGUACCUCCUGUGUUUGCAUCUCUCCUGCUUAGCCCUGGGUCACCCUGCUCCUCCAGAGAUCCAGGCUGAGCUGGAAAAGAGGUCUGUACUGAGGACCUUGAACAGGACUGUGAGAGAGACCUUGGUGUCCAAACAGUACUUGCCCUUACUGAGGGAGGGUCAGAAGGGGGCGAAGGUGAGCUCAGGGUCGGUGUGCUCCUGGGACGAGCCACUGGGAUUCUUGGAGAGGAAGAGAGAGGUGCUGUUGGACAAACGCAGCUACAGCGACUCUGACCUCAGCAAGAUCACAGAUUUGAAGUUGAGUCCACACUGUACCCCAGCACUUGGAAAUGAGAGACAGUGGUGUGUACAGAAUUGGAUACGACCUGAUCUGAGACCUGGUAGUCCGAUGCUUGCCACACUUUCACCCGGCCACCAGACCACCAAAGGGGCAUCUUAUGGACUCAACAUCCCAAAAUCUAGCAUGACAACAAACAACAACUGUGCUCAGAGAUCAAGGUGCAACGCCAAAAAGGCACUUCCCAAAUACAGCUCUAACACUGAGUUGUGCAGAAAUCCACAUUAUCCCGGCCCAACCUCAGUCGCCCGUGCUGUUGCUAAGGCAAUGGCUGACCAUGGUCUUCCAGAAGCAAACAUACUGCAAAGGUCGGCUCUGCUGCAGGAGGAACUGAACAGCAGUGACUGUGGCUGGGCUCUGCUGGUCACCGAGUCAGAUCCUCAGGUUCUCAGUUGUCUGUUGUGGACCUGGCUGGACAAGUUGAGGGAGCCUGUUCUGAGUGCAGAGGAUGUAAACAGUUUGAGUUGUGGAGCAAACAACAGGAAGUCUCUCAGUGUGCUCAAGAAGCCACAGAGACACACCAUCUAUUGUCUACUGAGCUGUGUGAGCACGGUGACCAGCUUGUGUCCACACAGAGAGGAUGCAGUGCUGCAACGACUGGUGCGAGCACUUACAAGGCACCCCCAGGAGGAAAUGGGAAGCCUUGCAACUUUGAUAAAGGUCCUGAAGGCGAGUUUGAGAGACACCUUCCACUACAACACAUACCUCAGGAGGGCCUGCAGCACCAAUGCUACACUCUGA